AUGAAAAGUCUUGCUGAAAGCUUAAAUGCUGCUGGUCAACUUAUAAGUGAUGAUGAAUUGUUGCUUCAUAUUUUGGCAGGUUUAGGUCAUGGCUAUCACCCUAUGGUAGUCACUAUCACCUCUUCCCGUGACUCAAUCUCCCUCCAAGAAGUUCAGUUUCUUCUUCAAAUCCAGGAAAUGAGACUCGAUCAACUCAAUUCCCCUACUUCUGAUGUCUUUUCUCCUACUGCAAAUGUGGCCACCAACCAACGCCAUUCCUUUUAUGCUAUGGGUCCCAAUCUCUCUUCUGGCUACGGGUCUCCUCCCUUCAGUAGUGGGCGGGGUUGUGGCUCCGCAAAUCGAAUUGUCUGGCAGCUAUGCAAUAGAUCGAGUCACAAUGCCAAUAAGUAUUACCACAUAUUUGAAAUUUCUUUCCAAGGAAACUCAUCCUCCACAGCUGUCAAUACCACACCCCAGCAUGUGUUACCACCACCUUCCACCGCGGGUCAACAAGCCUUGUUUGCUUCUCUAAGUGCCCUUUCUUACUGUGCUUGGUUCAUUGACAGUGGAGCCUCCCAUCAGAUCGCCAAUAACGCUUCCUCUCUCACUCACAACUCAGAGAAUAAAGCCACUUAUAGCUCAUUAUAG